AUGGCAAACAAUCAACGAACCCUCACGCUUAUUCCGUACGGAGAGGCAAGAAACGAGUGGCCCGAUGACGGAAAUCACAUAAUUGCAAGCUAUACCGAGGAUGCGGUUCUUGUUUAUCAAGCAUUUAAUGAUGAAAUUGCAGAUUAUGCGGUCAAACAUCAAAAGUUUGAUGGAUGUCCUUCGUAUAAUGAUACCCGAAUGACCUGGGUGAAAUCCAAUUGGCUAUGGAUGAUGUAUCGAUCAAAUUAUGCAACUAAGCAAAAUCAGACAAGAAUUCUUGGGUUGUGGUUGAAAAAAAGUGCCUAUGAUGAUAUUUUGAAAAAGGCAAGAUUGAAAGGAGCUGGAGCUGGGUUGACUAGAGCUCAGUGGGAUCCUGAUUAUUCACCAGAAUUGGAGCCAAUUAAGAGGAGGAGGGAUUUACAAUUAGGAAUUAAAAAGAGAGAAACAUUUAGGAAUGGAGAGGAUUUUGUGGAGAUUGUAGAUUGUACUGAAUUGGCUCAUAUCAGUAAAAAGACAAAAACCAUUCCACAUGAGAGAGUCUAUACGCCUGAUAAUGAAGUUUGCAUUAAUUUACAAGUUUCAAAAUUGUGUUGAAAUGAAGCUUAAAUUUGUAAUUAAAUGAACAUUUGAAAAGUUGAAACAUGUUUAAAUGUUGAAUGAUAAUUUUAAUAAAUGUUUGGUAAAUCACAACAAAUCUCUCGCAACCAGAUUUCAGUGAGCUACCGAACUUUGUCGCGACCU